AUGACCAAAGAGCCUAGCCAGGAAUUCCACGUCAGCACCUCUCUCCGCCGGAAAUCCCAAGCAGAAAAACUCGUCCAAGCAGAAGGGUGCUUCGGCCUCAGUUUAACACCCAUCUUUGUCGGAAUCUCAGCCGUGUCAUCCGGAUACAAGACGUACCUGGUUUCUUUCGCGGUUCGCGAUGCGACGUAUCUCAUCGAUUUCUCGAUCAAAACCGUGACUGCACCAGAAGGCAACAAUGGCCAAGAUUUUCUCGCAGACUACAUCAUCAACUCGCUCCGAUGGUAUGAGCACAGAACUUUCACCAAGGCUGUCGGCGCUGGACUUCCCCAUUCAUUGAAGACGACGAGCCCGUCGCUCUGCUCACGGCUCUGGCUUGAACUGGAUAUCGUCCCUAUCGUUAUUCAGCAACCCCAUGAGCAUGCAGAGCGGAUAGCUCUGUGGCUCAGCAAGCGGGUGGACGAACAAGCCGAUUCAAUGGCGAGAAAAUGCAUCAUGAAUUUCGGCCCUUCAUUGGCUCCUCUUCUACAAGUUGCAUGGCGUGGCAUUGUGGAGGUUGAUGCAUCAUUCCAAGCACCUCUCAUUUCCCUCGAGGAUUACAAAACUACCUGCAGCUUUGCAUCCUGGGAGACAGUCAUGCAUUACGCAAAGACUUUACGGAAGCACAAGACCAAGAUUGCUUUCUUCAGCAGCACCCCCCAAGGUGGUGGUGUGGCUCUGAUGCGGCACGCUCUCGUCCGAUUCUCUCGCGUGAUGGGGGUCGACCUUCGCUGGUACGUGCCCAAGCCUCAUCCGGGAGUGUUCCGCAUCACAAAGAAUAUCCAUAAUACUCUCCAAGGAGUGAGCCCUGAGGGUCAGUUCAUUUCAGCAGAAGAAAAGGAUUCUAUACUCAAAUGGAUCACCGACAACGGAAAUCGGUACUGGUUCUCUGAUGGAGGGCCUCUGUGCCGACCAGAGAAAGGUGGCGCCGAUAUCGUUAUUAUUGACGAUCCGCAAAUGCCGUGCCUCAUCCCGCUCAUCAAAAAGCUCACGCCAUCUCGGCCAGUCUUCUAUCGAUCACAUAUCCAGAUUCGUACAGACCUGAUUAAAAAGGCCGAUUCUCCUCAAGCAGACGUUUGGGACUUUCUUUGGCAAAACAUCAAGCAAGCAGACUUGUUCAUCAGCCAUCCAAUGCCUUCGUUUGUGCCACAUAAUGUGCCGCGUGAGAAGGUGCUGUAUAUGCCUGCAACAACAGAUUGGUUGGAUGGCUUGAAUAAGCCGCUGGACAUAUGGGAUACAGGAUACUACGGUCACCUUUACAACAUCAAAUGCCGAUCAGAGCGAAUGACGGAGCUGCAGUGGCCAAGAAGGAAAUACAUUAUCCAGGUGUCCCGGUUCGAUCCAGCCAAGGGGCUGCCAACUGUCGUCGAUGCGUACGCGUGUUUCCGGGAGCAGCUCGAAAAGCAUGGAGGCAUCAGUAUCCCUCAGCUCGUCAUUUGUGGCAACGCUUCCGUAGACGACCCCGACGGUAUCGCUAUCUAUGAUCAAGUCAUGACCCAGCUGGAAACUAAAUAUCCUCACCUUUUGGCCGAUGUGAGCGUCAUGCGCUUAGACCCUUGCGACCAGCUGUUGAACUGCCUCAUGGCCAACGCCCACGUCGUCCUCCAACUUUCGACGUAUGAAGGCUUCGAAGUGAAAGUCUCUGAGGCACUCCACGCGGGUCGCCCUGUGAUCGCUUCGUUUGCAGGUGGAAUUCCUCUCCAAGUCAAAGACAAGAUCAAUGGAUUUCUCGUCCCACCAGGCGAUUGGAAGGCUGUCGCAAGCCAUCUGAUGGAGCUGUUUACCGAUCUUAAGCUACACGAGCGAAUGUCCCAAGCCGCAAAGACUGGCGUUAGCGACGAAGUCGGCACGGUUGGCAACGCUCUGUCUUGGUAUUAUCUGACCUCAAAAUGGGCACAGAAAGGGCCCAAGCUUGAACUGCUCGGAAAUGAACAAUGGGUCAAUGACAUGGCCCGAAGCGAAGCUGGCCAGCCCUAUGCUGAGGGCGAAAACCGCUUACCGCGCAGCUUGACUCAGCUUUAG